AUGACCGACAGGGCAAAACUCGGUUGGCCAGGCCAAAUCUCAGCAGAGAUCAUUACCCUAGCAUUCCUUACCACGAUUCAAAAUCCGUCGCUUAAUUUUGCAAGUGCUGGAGAUCUUUGCACCCCUAUUUCCAACUCAUCCCUGUUUUACUGCUCACAGUUGGAAGCAGACAUCAAAACAUGUCAGCAAGAACACGGGAAAUCAAUUGUACUGUCCAUCGGUGGCGCCACCUACUCCGAAGGCGGGUUCUCAAACGCGAGUAUAGCAACUUCAGCGGCCAACAAUAUCUGGUCUAUUUUUGGACCUAUAGUACCUGGAAGAAAUGUAUUCCGGCCUUUUGGCUCCUCGGUAAUUGACGGUUUUGAUUUUGAUUUCGAAAGCAAUGUUCAGAAUAUGAUCCCAUUCGCCAACCAAUUACGAAGCCUUAUGGAUGCCGAUAUGGUUUCAACAGGCAAGCAGUGGCUCCUCACUGCCGCACCGCAAUGCCCAUACCCAGACGCUGCAGACGGGCCUAUGCUUGCUGGUAAAGUCCACUUUGACGCCAUCUGGGUCCAAUUCUACAAUAACUACUGUGGCGUUCAAUCCUUCAUCCCCGGUGCUAGCACACAGAACAAUUUCAACUUCGAUACUUGGAAUACCUGGGCUAAGAACGUAUCUCUAAACCCAAAUGUCAAGGUCUUCCUCGGCAUACCUGGUGCUUCAGGCGCAGGGAGCGGUUAUACCUCGGGCAGCAAGCUGGCCUCAGCCAUUUCUUAUUGUAAAGGCUUUCCUAGUUUUGGUGGUGUUAUGAUCUGGGAUAUGAGUCAAGUCUGGGCGAAUUCGGGGUUCUUAGACUCUGUUACUGAGGAUUUAGGUGGAUAUACCCCGUCUCCUUCAACGACAUCUUUUACAUCUCCCGCCACGUUAACCACAAAAACAACCCCCCCGACAAUAACAACUAGCCCGCCUUCGACGACGAGCUCUCCGGGCUUGCUCGGCCAGUGGGCUCAGUGUGGUGGGCAGGGCUAUAGUGGGCCAAUAGUCUGUCACCCCCCAUACAAAUGUGUAGCCUUGAGUGUUUGGUGGUCACAAUGUGAAUAA